AUGGUGCGCAAAAAAGGUGGUAGUCACAGGUCAGAGGGUCGCAACCGGACCCGCGAGGACUACCUUCUGCAUCCCCCUGAAUCUAUCAUAGCCGAUCCGCCGCCGCCAUCCUCGCCAGGUCAUGAGAGUGAUGAGGAUUCACACGCAGAAGCGACCGUCGCAGCAACGGCGGGGAAGUUGGAGGAAGACGAGCUCAAGUUUGUCCUGUAUCAACGUGCGGUGCAGUCCCCGCGCGGCGACAUCAGCUAUCUGCUCAAGUUCUUUCUCAACUACGUAGGCGGCCGCGUCCCCCAGCACCUGCACGAGGACUUCUGCGGCACCGCACUCAUAUGUGCCGAGUGGCUACGAGGAGAUCCCCGUCGCACUGCCCUCGGUCUAGACUUUGACGAGCAGGCCCUUUCCUGGGGCAUUCGGGAAAACUUUUCCAGCCUGCCCGGCUCGGCCCGCGGACGAGCAUGCAUGCUGCUUGGAGACGUGCGUGAUCCGCUCACAUCUGCCCGAUUUGCGUGCCCGGACGUUUUAGACGAGCCAGAAUGCAAGAACAAACAGUCAAGUGCAACCAGGGAGGUACAAGAUUCAGGGGAGGGUGAUGUUGCUGCUGCUGCUACCACUGCUGUAGGCCCCGUAUGGCCGCAAUUGGAAAGGCUGCGGCAGCAACGGGCAGACCUGAUCUGUGCGUUCAACUUCAGCUCCUGCUGCCUCCUGCAUCGCUCAGAGCUUCUGGCCUACUUUAAGAGCGCUCGCGCUAGGCUUGCAGGCGCCGCCGGUGGGAGUGCUGGGGAGGGUGUGGCAGAGAGUGGGGCUGGCAGUGGUGGUGGAGGAGGGGGAGGGGGAGGAGGGGUGUUUGCAAUGGAUCUGUAUGGAGGCACGUCUUCUGAGGGGGCAUUGAAGCUGCACCGCCGAUAUGGGGACAUGGAUUACACAUGGGAGCAAGAGCGCUUUGAUGCUGUGACUCGCACCACCCGCAUAUCCCUGCACUUCCGCGUGCCACAUGACUGGGCGCCUGCCUCGUCCUCCGCCCAUGCAGCAGACUCCACAGCACGCAGAGGUGGCAGGAAGCGGCAGCAGCCCAAGCGCGUGUUGCGCAGUGCAUUCAGCUACAGCUGGCGCCUCUGGACAAUUCCAGAGGUGCGUGAGUUAAUGCAAGAGGCAGGGUUUGACUCUGUGCACGUGUGGAUGCGCAAGAUGCCGGAUCUUGCCGACCGGGAGGACGAGGAGGAGGAGGUGGAGAUGGAUGAGCAUGCUGCUUUUGAAGAAGUGGAAACGUUUUUGCAGACAGAUUCAUGGAAUGCCUACGUGGUUGGGGUUGAAGGACAAGCGGAGGGAGGAAAAGCAGCAAGUGCAGCUGGGAGCUUGGCUGUGGUUCUGCCGGCAUGUGCAGUGCAGCUGUCGCAGCCAGCUGGCACGGAGUGGAAGCAGGCUGGUGCUGACGUGGACAUGGUGUAUGAACUGCCUGCUCGUGUCGUGCUGCUGGUGGCAGGGAACGAUGCCUUUGUAGAUGGGGUGGACGACUGGCAGGCUCUUGUGUGUGUGCAGAAGCGAACCCUGUGCCGUGCAUGCAGCAGCAUGUAUAACACCGGUGACAGGUUGAACAUGACUGCAGUUAAAAGUGGUUGUGCCAGCCCGUGUGAUACAGGCCGUGCAGAGGUUUUGGAUCAUGAAGGGUGGGGAGGAGAAGGGGCGGAGAGUGGGGAAAGAGAGGAAGGGGAGGAGAGUGGGGAGGGAGGGGAGGGGGAGUGGAUGCACUGUCCUCUGCCGGUUCCAGUUGCAGCAAUUCACAAUCAGCCCUCUGGGAGCACAUCAGCAGCGCCCCUUGUAGUGGCAGUCACUCUCCUCCACCGCCUCACCACUGAUACACACCUUGCUGCCACCGCUGCCAAUACUGCCAAUGCUGCAGCUGCUGCCACCGCUGCAGCUGCUGCCACACCUUCCUCCUGUGCUCUCAGGAGCACCACACGUUCAGAGAAGAGUGCGAACAAUAGCCAUGGCAUCAGCGAUUCAAGCCCCAGCAGCCACAGGAACAGAUCAGGCACCGACAGCAGCAGCGAUAGUCUUGAGAGGAACAGUCUGCCGUUUGUGAGGUUGAACUGGAUCGGCAGACACGAGAAGCAGGCUGGUUUGAGUGGAAAGAAAGGUCCGCCAGGAGAAGGUGAAGCCGCAGCAGGAGCUGCAGCAGAAGCAGCAACAAGGGAAGGGAAAAUGGAGGAUGGUAGUGGAUUUGAUGGGGGAAAUAAGGAGCAAGGUGGUGAGAGUGGUGAGAGUAAUGGGAGUGAUGGUGGAACUCUUGAGCUCACUGUGUGCACGGGCCCUCUCUUCUUUGACAUCUCACCCCUGUGGCUGGAGUGGCUGCACUUCGUGCACCUCAUGGGAGCACACCACGUCACAGCAUACGUCAUCGACAACGAUAGCUACUCCCUCUCCUCCCUCUCCCGUGCUCUCCUCCGCUUCUCCGCCCUCCGCUGGCCCGCCUUCCUCUCCCUCGUGCUCUGGGACCUGCCUUUCACCGAGGUGAACGGGCUACCCAACCAGCGGCCGUCUGGUGUGGACAUGCACUACAGGGCCCAGCGCCUCUUCCUCCUUGACUGCUACUGCCGCUCCCACCCCCACUCUCCCUCUCACUCCCGGUCUCCCUCGCACGCCCUUCUCUUCCUUGACAUGGACGAGUUCCUGGCUCCGCCCUCCUUCUCCCCGCUGCUGCUCAAGAGCCUGCCAUCACUGGAGAGCAUACCUCCUACGCCUUCAUCUCACCACCGCCAUCUGUCUCCUCCGAGGCUUGUGCGACCCUCACAUGCCACUCCUCUCUCCCCUCCCCGUUCCUCCCAUCCCCCUCUCUUCCGCCUCCCCUUGUCUCCUCACCAUCGUCACCACCAGCUACUCCGUGAUCCCACCACUGGAAUGCUUCUCUUCCGCAGCUGGUGGUAUCCGCAUGUGCCCGCUCCUCCCUCACCUCCUCCUCCGUCGUCCCCUGAUGCUGCUGCGUUUCUGCACAUCCCAACCCAGCCACCCCCACUACUGACAGCAAGCAGCACACAGCGGGACCGGCGCAUGUUUCAGAACCGCCAGCGAGCCAAAUAUGCCACCCCGCUGGGAGGAGCCAUUGCCUUCAGCAUACACCGCCCCGUGCUCCUUGUGGAGGGGUUGUGCGUGCUGGAAUUGGUAGGGACCAACUUAAGAGACGCUUCUGCAGAUGAUGGCAUGAGGUCAGUCCUGCCGAGCAAGAAACCGCGCAUCAUGACUGAACCUGCUCGUACCUCACUGGAUUGCACGGACACGUUGGACUGCAGUAGAGCAGAGCGCCAGUUCUCACUCUGA